GGAACCAUCAGGCCAUGGAGCACGGGGGAGGGCAGGUUGAGUGAGCAAGAGAAGGGCCAGGACCAGGACCUCAGGCGCCCCCCUGGAAGCGUGGCAACUGGCAGGUCACACACUGGCGCGGUCUGAACGGGCUCUGUUAGGGUAGAAGGGUUCCAGUAGGGGCUGGCGGCUUGCACAGAAUUGCAUCCCCCCUUUUUAGUGGACUCUGCUGUAGGCCUGCAGAUCCCGCCAAAGCCCAUUCUCGGACCCUUGUUUUAGCCUUUUGUCACCCGAGUUGUGGUCUGGGGACUUGGUACUGGGUAUUGCCAGACAGAAUCUCGGGACGCGUUCAGGGACCGGACGUCUCAGGGUAGAGAUUCUGCCCUUCGCCAACUCUGCCACCCCAGGCCUCUUUGGAUCACGCUCUUUGGGCUCUGGACCCCAUGGCUGAUAGGAAACUGGUGGUGGUUUUUGGAGCCACAGGUGCGCAAGGUGGCUCUGUGGCCCGUGCAUUGCUAGAAGAUGGGACAUUCAGGAUUCGAGUGGUAACAAGAAACCCUGAGCAGAGGGCAGCCAAAGAGCUGAAGCAGCAAGGUGCUGAGGUAGUGCGAGGAGACCAGGACGAUGCAGCUAGCAUGGAGCUGGCCUUGGCUGGAGCCCAUGCCACCUUCAUUGUGACCAAUUACUGGGAGACGUGCAGCCAGGACCGAGAAGUGCAGCAGGGCAAGCUUCUAGCCGAUCUAGCCAAACGCUUGGGCCUCCAUUAUGUAGUGUACAGUGGCCUGGAGAACAUCAGGAAGCUGACGGCUGGGAAGCUGGCCGCAGGACACUUUGAUGGCAAAGGGGAGGUGGAGGAAUACUUCCGAGACAUCGGUGUUCCCAUGACCAGUGUGCGGCUGCCUUGCUAUUUCGAGAAUCUCCUUUCCUAUUUCCUGCCCCAGAAAGCUGCAGAUGGAAAAAGCUUCUUGCUGGACUUGCCCAUGGGUGACGUCCCCAUGGAUGGAAUGUCUGUGAGUGACCUGGGCCCCGUGGUGCUCAGCUUGCUGAAGAAGCCAGAAGAGUACGUAGGGCAGAACAUCGGGCUCAGUACCUGCAGGCACACCGCAGAGGAGUAUGCUGCCUUGCUUAGCAAGCACACUGGCAAGGCUGUACAUCAUGCCAAGGACUCUGGAGGAAGCCAGUCUUCCUGGCAUCACCAAGGCUGUAGAGGAGACAGACAUGGUGGAUUCUCUGUUUCCAGACAACUCCUGAGGAUUACGAGAAACUUGGUUUCCAGGGGGCUCAAGACUUGGCCAACAUGUUCCGUUUCUACACCCUGAAACCUGAUCGGAACAUUCAUCUGACCCUGCGACUCAACCCCAAAGCCCAGACACUGGACCAGUGGCUGGAGCAGCACAAAGGGGACUUUGCACAGCUGUGAUCUUGAAGCAUUUGUAGGGACAACAAGCACAACAAACACUCUUUCUUGUAUACAGUUCUGUGUUUGGGUUUUUUUUCCCUCCCAAAUAAAACCAUUGUUAUCACAAA